AAUGGACUCCUUCCGCCUAAAUAAACAUAUCACAGAAUCCUUAUUUAAACCCUACUCAGAGACCCAAAAGGUCACUUUGGGUCAUUUCAGCCUUCCUUCCCUUUUCCCGAAGCACUCGCCGCUAUGGCCGCCGCCGCCGCUAUCAAAUCCCUCCUCCGCCCCUCCGCCACAUCACCGGAUUUCUCCGCCCUCCUUCCCCUCUCCGCUUCCUCCUCUGCGUCGUGUGUCUCCUUCCGGUCCUCCGGCUUUCAACCCUCCUUCCUCGGCAUCCGCCUCGCCGACCCCGCGCAUCCGACGAUCCCCGCGCUCCGGAUCCGAAGUGCGGGAAGGGGACUUCGCAUCGAGGCCGCAGCGAGGCCCACUAUUCUGGUGGCCGAGAAGCUUGGGGAGGCCGGGCUGGCUCUGCUACGGGAGUUCGCCAACGUGGAUUGCUCUUACAACCUCUCGCCUGAGGAACUCUGCGUCAAGAUCUCUCUCUGCGACGCGCUGAUCGUGCGAAGCGGGACGAAGGUGACGCGGGAAGUGUUCGAGGCCUCCAAGGGGCGGCUCAAAGUGGUCGGCAGGGCCGGGGUGGGCAUCGACAAUGUGGAUCUUCAAGCUGCCACGGAGAGCGGGUGCCUCGUUGUCAAUGCGCCGACCGCAAACACAGUCGCAGCAGCUGAGCAUGGGAUAGCGCUUCUUACUGCAAUGGCAAGAAACGUCGCUCAGGCUGACGCCUCGAUGAAAGCUGGCAAAUGGCAGCGCAACAAAUAUGUUGGUGUCUCUCUGGUAGGGAAGACACUGGCGGUGAUGGGAUUUGGAAAAGUUGGUUCAGAAGUUGCCAGACGUGCAAAAGGACUUGGGAUGCAAGUGAUUGCUCAUGAUCCUUAUGCACCUGCUGAUAGAGCCCGUGCUAUUGGAGUGGAACUUGUAUCAUUUGAUGAAGCCAUCUCUACUGCUGAU